AUGGUCCUCCAGUUCAUCAACGGCGAACGGCCAGUCAUCGGCAAGGGUGCGCAAGGCCACCGGAUGCUCCACCAAAGCACUGUCUUCGCACCAGGACAUCAAGCCGGCCUCGGCCUCAAGCCUGCGUUCCUCACGUGGUCCGCGCGACACCGCGGCCACUCGCUCCGGCUCUUGCAAGCCGCGCUUACGACGUUCCCAGACCCGGCCUGGUCGUCGCCAAGCAUGGCCAUCAUCGCCAACGCGUGGGGCAACUUUGCAGACCUCGCCUUCGCUGAUCCGUCGCUCCCCCGGAUACGGCGCCUGCUCACGUCGAAGGCAGUACCCGACCGGUUCAAGUUCAUACUCAACUACUGGUUCUCGAUGCGCGUGGGGCCGAGCACGCUUCCGGCGCCAUACACGUAG